AUGUCUAAACGUACAGCGGAAGCUGGUGACGAGCAUGCCCCUUUGAAGGGAGGAGUUCGUCCCGAGCCUAUGGAUUUAGACGAUAAGGAAAUGGGCGAAUUUGCUGAUGAAUUCGAGGAUGAGUUUGAGAGUGAGGAUGAGAUUUUUGAGGCUGGUGUUGAUGGUAGGCCUGAUGCAGAACGUGAGGCAGAAGAAAAUGCAGCCAGUGCCAUGGAUGUCGACGAUAGCACUUUCAUCGUUGGGCGCAAUAAACUUGAGGCUGGUCAACAUCUCGCUCCAGAUCUGGGUACUUACGAAAUGCUUCACAACCUCAGUACCCCUUGGCCUUGUCUCUCCUUUGACAUCGUCCGUGAUAGUCUUGGCGAUAAUCGGGAAAAGGCCUACCCUGCCACCAUGUACACUGUCGCCGGCACCCAAGCCGAAAGCGGGCGCGAGAAGGAGAAUCAGCUUAUGAUUAUGAAAUUUAGCGGCCUGAGUCGCAUGCAGAAAGAUGGCCAGGACUCCGAAUCUGAAGAUGACGAAGACUCCGAUGAUGAAGACUCGGAUCCUAUUCUCGAAUCCAAGUCAAUCCCACUAACCUCGACUACAAACCGCAUCCGCAGCCACCAGAUUCCCUCACAAGACCCUUCGAAACCACCCACUACUCUCACUGCAACUAUGACUGAGUCUAAUAGCAUCUUCAUACACGACGUUACCCCUCAUCUAGCGUCUUUCGACAACCCCGGCACCGUCAUUACGCCUCAACAGAACAAGCCCCUUUCUACAAUCCGAGCCCACAAGUCGGAAGGUUACGCGCUCGAUUGGUCGCCUAUGGUGCCUGGUGGCAAGCUACUUACCGGUGACAACGACGGCCUGAUAUACGUCACGACGCGCACAGAUGGCGGGGGUUGGGUUACAGACACGCGCGCGUUCCAGGGGCAUACCAGCAGCGUAGAGGAGAUCCAAUGGAGUCCGCAGGAAGCAUCCGUGUUCGCAUCCGCAUCUAGCGACGGUACAGUGCGCGUAUGGGACGUUCGCAGCAAGAGCCGGAAACCCGCUAUCACAGUACAGGUCAGCUCAGUAGAUGUCAACGUGAUGUCGUGGUCACGCCUAACAACCCACCUCCUCGCGACGGGUGCCGAUGACGGUGUUUGGGGCGUAUGGGAUCUGCGGCAAUGGAAGGGCGGCGCGCAGAAGCCGAGUCCCAUCGCCAGCUUCAACUACCACAAGGAGCAGAUCACGAGCGUCGAGUGGCACCCCACGGACGACAGCAUGGUGGCCGUCGCCGCAGGUGAUCACAAGGUUACCCUGUGGGAUCUGUCUGUCGAACUAGACGACGAGGAAAGUAAGGAUACUGCGGGUGUUAAGGACAUGCCGCCCCAGCUACUCUUCGAACACAUCUCUGAGCAUGCUAAAGAGCUCCACUGGCAUCCUCAGAUUCCUGGUACCCUGGUAGCCACAGGCCAGGAGUUCAGUGUCUUCAGACCUAUACCUGUUGUCUACGGUAUUCACGCGAAGUGA